AUGCGAAACUUUGUUACGAUAGUCAUCGGAGCCCUUGCAGCCCAUACAGCUUCAACAUGCACUCGCGAGCAGUUGACGGCCGCAACUGCUGAUCUCCUUACCGUUCAAACGACAGGCAAAAUAAAUGGCACCGCAUCCUUCGCCUCUCCGAUCAAAUACACCGAGAACCGCAAGACGGUCGAUAUCGCAAAGGGUAUCCAUUCGAAAGCUCUCACCAUUGCCCAUAACCGUAGCCAGCACGACUUGUCGCAGUGCGCUGCCUUCAGCGAAUUCAUUGUUACGACCGCUGCCAGUCCCUAUGUGAUCGCCACGCAAUUGCGUCUGGACAACGCCACUCAAAAGGUCAAUCAGAUAGACACCAUUAUGACGACCAAAGGCGAUUGGCUGUUCAACGUUACUGGCACGUAUUACUGGGCUUCGCGCGAGAAAUGGGAUCCUAUUCCCAUGGCUACGCGCGAUACGCGGGAAACUCUCAAAGCGGCAGCGGAUGCGUAUUGCGAUAUCUUCAACGACAAGAGCGUCAAGGUUCCGUGGGGUCAACCGUGUGCGCGACUCGAGGGAGGGUCAUAUACAGGCAAAGGACAGGCAAGCGAUCGAUGUGACGUUGGGAUUCCGACCGGCGUCAAAUUGAUCAAUCGACAAUAUGUGAUCGAUGAAGAGUACGGGACGGUGGACGUGCAGAUGGACUUUGGCGGCACGGGUGGUUUCGGAGUAGGGGGUUUGCCUGAUAGUCACGAGUUCAGGGUUGAGAAUUCGAAAUUGAGCAAAGUGGAGUAA